UACAUCUCAUUACCAGCGGAUAUCAUACAGUAAUAAAGGCCGAUCUAUUAUUAUUACAAAGAACUUGAUACACCAUGGCAGCCAACACAGCUCACUUGGAUGCACCGCCGGACCGUCUGACGUUCGGUGUAGAAUUAGAGUUCCUAGUCCCAUGGCUUUAUGAUGACCAAAACGACCCCCUAGGUCAAGCCAACGGUUUAUCUCCUCUCUUCAGGGUAAGUAGAAAUACCACUGACGCCGACAUUGAAAUUAGGGACACAUUACGGAAUCUCUUUUGGACGCACGGCCUCGAAACCAGUGUUCAAACGUAUAAAUAUAAAAGCGAAUACGCCAAGGGUACUCUCGAUCGAUACUCCGCUUGGAACAUCACGGGUGAUCCAUCGGUAAUAGAAGAAGACCCUUCGUUCCUGAAAUACCAAUGGACAGAUGUUGAAAUCACGAGUCCCGUCGAACCCGACAUCCCAAUCGCUUAUGAGAUUCUUAACUAUGCUCGGCAGUUGCUAACAAAAUCAUAUAGGUGCCGUGUCAACUCGUCUUGUGGACUUCACGUGCACGUCGGUAAGGGCGCCGAGAGAUUUGAUCUUACCAAUAUGAGACGCAUAGCCGCGUUGAUUUGGAGUUCUGAGCAUCUAGUUGCGAACCUCAAUCACCCUUCGCGACAGUCAAAUUUCAUGCUCCCAACACUCCGUACGAGGUCUGUGAUUGCGCUUGGAAGAAGCGACGGCACCCAUGACAAGAUAGUACCGGGAGCUCAACUUAGUCGAUGCAUGGAUUAUCUCGCUAAAGAAGUUAGGCACGGGGAAGAUCCAUUCUCAUUUAGAGACAGGAAUAGGGGUGAGGAUAUUCGGGCAGCCUUCGCAAAAACGCGAGAGAAUGGUCAUUAUGAACCCUUCCAAUGGUCGCCUAACGGACAAUCUAACGAUGCGUUCAUACCAAUAGAGAAAAACCAGAAGAGCGUCGACGAAGAAAUUUUGGAGAGUGCUGAAAAGAUGGCUUCUCAGCCGAACUUUCAGCGUUCGGUCAAGCCGAAAGAGCCUUCCCGCAUACGAACAUUGGCGAAGAUGGUAAAUAAGAAGCAUACCUAUAUAGAUCCGCUCAAUCCCGAUGUCAAAGAAGACCCGGGUGUGUUUGAAGGAGUGAAGCAGCUGUACGAAUCACCCAGCAGCUGCGAUCUCGCAUGGCUUAUGUAUCCCAAGGGUCGUGGAUCUGUAAACUUCAGUCUAUACAACUGUGGCGAAUUCUGUUGGGCGGAUCGAGGUAAAAGGACGAUAGAAUUCCGAGUGGCAGAAGGUACCCUCGAUAGUUGGGUGGUUACCUGGACAAAGAUCUGCGUCGGUAUGAUUCGGUUCGCCCUCUAUUCUCCCGUCGACGAGUUUCUGAGUGUAUUGAUGAAGUGUGAUGCAUCUGAUAGGGAAGGCGGGAAUUUCGAUUGUAUCGACUUUCUCGACGAGAUCGGGCUUCCGGCCGAGGCGGUGCUAGCUGAAAGGCAUCUUAAGGAGAACGAGAAGGAAUUCGGUAUCAAGUAUGUGAAUGGAUCUUCGUAACAGUAGGGAAUCGAUUAGGGGUGUCCUGGUUUUAGGUAAGUACCUGUCUACUAUAUUUUCUCUUCUCAUUUCCUUUUUCUGACUUAGAGGGCGCCUCAUCGUAAGUAAUAUUUCCCGCUUCACGUACGAGAGGUAGGCAUUUAGGUAAUCGAGUAGGUAAGUGUACGCUUCAUUAGGAAUAAUAUGAUACAAUGUACUG